UGGCAGUAAAGACACUUUCACGUUAGAUUCUGGCGCUGUGAAACCUUCCAGACAAAGAAUGCAUGUACAGUCUAUGCUGAGUUAAACAAAUGUUUAAGGCUAACGCUACAUCAGCGGUUAUUAUUAUAACCUAUUUGGCUACAUCCUACAUUUAAUCACACAUUAUUAUUUUGCGUCAUAACAAGAUUAUUAGUCGCCUCGGGUUGAGGCGGCCGACACUCGCGAAAUAAAUGAGGAAUAUGUGAAACCUGUGGGAUGUCUUAAAAAGGUUUCUAUCAUGUCCGACCCGGUUCAGACCACCUCUGACAGUCUGUCUAAACUGGUCCGCUGGGCUCACAGCCACGGCACCAUCUGCAACCUCAUCCCAAGCUUGCAGCGCCUCACCUAUGCUUCCCACGGCAACGUGCUCACACCUGAACCUGUUACCCGUGGCAGCAGCGACCCUGUCGCCGUGUGGAGUUGUGGCGCCGGACACGCCUACCACUGGCCCCUCAGUGACCAUAGCAACGCCUGCGGAAGCUCAGCGAAUACCAGCCAGGGCCAGGAGAGGGUUGUUGGACGGCGUCCGUCCGAUAAGGGGACAGCGAAGCCGCCAUGUGAACUCUUCUAUAGCGAAGCAGCAUCGGAGGGGGAGGAGUUCAGCAGCCAGCUGUUUGACAUCGUUGGAUGCGAUUCGUCAGCCACAGACGAAGAUGGCGACUGGGAGCCCCCCCGAUCCAGGAAGAGAGGCGGUGCACCAGGAGGAGCAGUAACCGGGAAGAAGGUCAAGCAGGAAGCAACUCCUGCGGAGGAUUAUGGCACUGCUGCUAACAUAGCUAGCAUGGGGCUAGCAGUGGAUCUGGGGUGUGAGGGAGUAGUGGACCCAGACAUGAAGCUGCUAGGAGGAGGCAGCUGCACGACAGGCUCCAGCUCCGCCACAGAGACUACAGAAAAGGCUGCAGGGGAGCAGACUGAGCUGGAGAAGCUGCAAGCGUUACUUUAUGCAGAACGCAACCGUAACCACCAGAUGACGGAGAUCAUCUCCGGUCUGAAGCAGGACAAAGAGCUGCUGCAGCAGGAACUCACUAAAAAAGCCGAACUCAUCUGUGACUUCAUGCGGCCAGAGAACAAGUGGCCUGGGUGCUCCAAUCCGAUGGAACCGGGAAGUUCACACAUGCACUCUUCUGACGAGGCGGCCGGGUUCGACUCGUCGACAAUAUUUGACUCAUUUGAGGAAAAAGAGCUUAGCCUGCGGGACCGCCGCCGGACCCUGAAGAGCAAGAGGAGCCGGGACGGAGAAAACCCCCGAGUCAGGAUGAAAAACGUAAGGGGUGUGAUAGCACGCUACAUGGCAGCCCUCCAGGAAUAUCGGCGCAAUGUUUCCAUGAAGGUGGCCUUUGACCGGGUCGGUGUGGACCGCAACACCAUCUCCCGUACGGCGUCCAUAGCUGAGCUCAGUCUGGCCGCUCCGGAGGUGUUUCAGUCGCUGGCGCCGUGGGACGAGAAAGAGGAGACGCUUGCACAUUAUGCCCACCGCUGCCGACAGGCCAUGGACGACAACAUUAAGGCCAAAGUCAAAACGAUGAAGGCCAAAGGCGAACUGCUGCCCAUUGUGUCAAAGAUACAAAUAGUUACAGACUGACGACUCCUUCUGACUGAAUCAGAGGCCUACAAUACACACAUCAUGUACUCGAGGGGUUAAAGAGGGCCGGAACAGCAUUCCGGCAUCUUCGUUUAUUAUUAAGUAAAUUAAUCUAAUUGGCAGUUUCACUAGACAGAGAAUGUUCAGUUAAAACAGAUUGGGGGAUGAGGUUUUGCCCUCAUUGUUCUCAUGAUUGUUCUCUGUGAAGUUUGCUGGAAGUGAAGGUAGCACCGGUGAGUGACUGCAUCAGACCCUGUUUAAAAAAUAACCCUUUAAAUGCUUGUCAGCAAGCAGUCAUGUGCUAACUUAGCAGGAAAUUUGGCUUCAUGUACUCCGAUUAAUUUGGCAUGCAGUUAAUACACAAGUCAUUAUUUUUGUUUAAAGGUGCUGUAGUUAGGAUUGUGAAGAUCCAGGACUUAGCCAAAGAAUUUGAACAUCGACAACUUCU